AUGGAUCCUAUUGAUAUUGCUUCACCUAAGAAAAAAAAUCCUUGUGGAAAGUUUAUUGGUACUGGUCAAAAACAAAUGAUAAUCAAUCUGUACAAAGAUAUAGUCAAUCAACAACCCGAAAAUCCUGACAGCCCCCGAUUGAAGUACAAAGAAAUGCUUUUGAAAAUUUCAAAAGCAACCGGUAUUGGUCAACGUACAGUUCAGACAACUUUGGCAGAAUAUAAAAAUAAAGGUACUGUAUCAUCGCCCAAUAAGAAAAAAAAUAGAGCUACGAUACUUGAAAAAGUGGACGAUUUUGACAAAAAUGCAAUUAGGCAAAAAAUCCAUAGUUUUUGGCUCAAUCGUGAAGUGCCCACAAUUGCAAAGAUGUUGACUGCCAUAAAUAAAGAUGAGACACUACCAGAUCUAAAACGUUCAUCAUUUCAAAAAAUAUUGAAACAAUUGCAAUUUGUGUACGUCAAAAAAUGUCGUAAUAGCGCGCUUCUCGAAAGAGAUGACCUUGUGACUUGGCGGCAAAAUUAUUUGAGCAACAUAAAGCAAUAUAGAGCAGAGGGCAGACAAAUAUAUUACUUAGACGAGACGUGGGUCAACGCGGGAGAAACACAUAGUAGAACAUGGGUAGACAGUUCAGUCACUUCACGACGGGACGCAUUCAAGAGAGGCCUCACAACAGGACAAAAGGACCCCUCGGGCAAAGGUAAGCGACUCAUCGUUUUACACAUUGGAUCAUCUGACGGCUUUGUCCCAGGGGGCCUUUUGUGCUUCGAAUCGAAAACAAACUCAUCCGACUACCAUGAUGAAAUGAAUGGCACUACAUUUUUUGAAUGGUUUGUCAAAAUUAUACCGUUACUUAAAGAUAAGGCAGUCAUUGUAAUGGACAAUGCAUCAUACCAUUCUGUAAGAAAAGAUCCAACUCCAGUGAGGUCGUGGAAAAAACAGGAAAUUAUAGACUGGCUAGAAAGUAAAGGCGAGGUCGUUAUACAACCAAUAGUAAAGGCGGUAUUGUUAGAAAAAGUAAAAAAAAUCAAAUCGGAACACGAAAAAUAUGUAAUCGACGAGUACGCGAAAGAAAAUGACAAAAUCGUAUUAAGAUUGCCUCCAUACCACUGCGAGCUGAACCCAAUAGAGCUCGCGUGGUCAUCCGUUAAACAUUAUGUCCGGUCGCUUAACAAUACAUUUAAAAUAAAAGACGUACAAGAAUUGUUAAAACAAGGUGUAGAACACGUAACACCAGAAAUGUGGGCCAAUUUUGUUAAGCACGUCAUAAAGGAAGAAGAGAAAUUUUGGAAAAUCGACUUCAUCACAGAUGAAAUAUUGGAUGAAGAACCUGAAGGAGAACAACACAUCAUACAUAAAAAUACAAACAUAUACCAGGUGAGACGGUCGUGGGCGUUAUUAUUUUCAUUGUAUUUACUUGAGCCGCUGUAG